UCUAAAAAUCAACAUGGCGGACAGACCUCACUGGAGAAUGUUUAUUUACGGUGUUUGGUGUUUGGUGUUACUGGCCAUAUGUGUACCACAAUUUUCCGAGGGGUUGAGGUGUUAUUGUGAUCAUUGUGAGGACACACACCUCAAUAACACAUGUGUAGCUAAGCCGAACACCAAGUGUUUUGUCUCCUUGAGAGUGUCGGUGGAAGAGGACGGAGAAAAGUAUGAAAUUAUGACCUAUGGCUGUCUCCCUCCAGACAAAGUCACCAUGGACCAGUGUAAGGGCAAUCUUGUGCCCCAUGAAGUCCCGAAAGUGGUGGAAUGCUGUGACUCGUCCGACCUCUGUAACCUCCACCUAAACAUAACUUACAUGGAAACCAUAUUUGAUGAAGAUGAAGAUUUAGGUAACAAAGAAGCAGACAUAACCCAUCUGGCUUUACUGAUAUCUGUGUCGGUGUGUCUCAUCAUAUUCAUCGUCACCAUCACAAGUCUCUACAUCAGACAUCGGCGACGUGAUGACUACCCAGAGCCGUUCCUUAAGGAUGAGCAGAGUGAGUCGUUCAUGCAUCAUGGUGAUUCCAUUAGAGGACUUAUAGACCACACAUCUGGUAGUGGGUCAGGACUUCCAUUCCUGAUUCAGAGGACGAUUGCUAGACAGAUAGCUCUGAGCAGAAGUAUAGGUAAAGGAAGGUACGGAGAGGUAUGGAAGGGGAAAUGGCGAGAAGAGAAUGUAGCGGUUAAGAUCUUCUUCACCACAGAGGAGGCCAGCUGGUUCAGAGAGACUGAACUCUAUCAGACCGUGCUUCUCCGACACGACAACAUUCUAGGUUUUAUUGCGGCUGACAUUAAGGGUACAGGGUCCUGGACUCAGCUGUUCCUCAUCACUGACUACCACCCACAUGGUGCCCUGUAUGACUACCUGAAGAUACACAUUCUUGAUCAGGAUGACAUGCUGAAACUCGCCCACACUGCCUCUUGUGGUCUGGCCCAUCUACAUACUGAGGUGUUUGGCACUAAAGGUAAAGCUGCUAUGGCACAUCGAGACAUCAAAAGUAAAAACAUUCUGGUCAAGAAAGAUGGCAGCUGCUGUAUAGCUGAUUUGGGACUCGCUGUUCGAUAUAUAAGCGAGACCAAUGAGGUGGAUGUGGCCCAUAAUUCCCGGUCAGGCACCAAGCGAUACAUGGCCCCAGAGGUACUGGAUGAGACGAUGAACAAGACACACUUUGACUCCUACAGACAGGCAGACAUGUACUCGUUUGGUCUGGUGUUGUGGGAAAUUGCCAGACGUUGCGUCUCUAAUGGUAUUGUGGAAGACCACCAGGUCCCUUACUAUGACUGUGUACUCAAUGACCCCAGUUUUGAUGAGAUGAGGAAGAUUGUGUGUAUAGAAAAAAUAAGACCAGCUAUUCCAAACAGAUGGUCCUCAGAUGAGUACCUACGGACUACAUCCCGAGUGUUGCAGGAGUGUUGGGCACCCAACGCAGCAGCUAGGCUUACCGCCCUCCGUGUGAAAAAGACUCUAGGCAGACUCAACGAAAAACUCCACAAAUCUACAAAGUCUGACAGCUAGGGCUGUGUACGUGUUAGCCUCAUAGAGGAACUGCAAUCUUCCAAUCAAAACCAGCCAUACUGUUGACAAGACUGCCAUAUAUACUCCCUGUAUAGUUUGGGGAGAUUUAGCUUAUAGGUUCACUGUACAAUGACUGGCCAAGUGUUAACUUCCAGGUCUCGUGCUGUUUACUGCUUGAGUAAAUAUUCAUGAUAUUUCUGUCGCUAAAAUUUGUGCAUCCUUAUGUCAACUCAUGCAAUACUGUGUAACUCUUUAAUUACUUGUAGUCAAACUUACAUUGAUUUUGUUCCUGAGCAAAUUCAAGGGAUUUUAAUUUGUGAAACACCAUUCCUAAGCAAAAUUGCUGUCUAAAUUUCUGACAGAUGAACAAUGACAUUAUUUGCAUGGUUUGUGUUUCAGAAUUUCCGAUUUUGUGUAGGAGAGGGGAGGCAUGAACAUAUAAAAAAAUAUAAACUUCAUGAAAAUAAACACUAUACAGUAAAUAUUAAGUUCUUUACAGUGAAUUAAGUGCUUUACAGUAAAUGUGAUUUACAUUAAAUAUGAGUACUAUACAGUUAAUAUAAGAGUGAUACAGUAAAUAUAAGUGCUUUACUAUUAAUAUAUAUCUUGUGAAGUAAUAUACAGUAAAUAUAAGUACUAUUUGGUGAAUAUAAACACUUCACAGUAACCUAAAAAUUACAGUAUUCUAUUUCUCCAAAUAAUUUACAUAUUUUUAUGAGAAAACAUUGAAAAAACGGUAUCGGUCAUGAUGUAAUUUGUUGGCAUCUCUGUUGAGCUGCAAUAUAUAUGGGUGGGCUUAUUACCAGGCAUGGACUUAUUGCCCGAUAAAUACAGUAAUAUUAUUAUUAUAUAUGUUAUUCACUAGUGUUUAGGCCAGUUAGAAGUUAUACAGUUGUUUAUGACAUAGACCAGGGCCACAUAUUAGAAGACUGGUUAGCUUGAUGAGAAGUUAGCCAAUGUCAUAGACCAGGGCCACAUGUUAGAAGACUGGUUAGCUUGAUGAGAAGUUAGCCUAAAACUUCAGUUUAUCAUAUUAUCCAAAAUAUUGAAAUUCAACACUUAAGUUGUUUGUAUAGAGAUUCAAAAUCAACUUAUAGACCAAUAAAAUGAUUUGUUAACUUUAAGAUUUUUCUCAAAAAACUGCUUUUUGAAAAAUACAUUGAAUUAAGAGCUUGUUAAGCUAAUUGGACUUUGAACAAGGGAGUCCUGGUGUUUGCACAUUUAAUAUUAACCACUUAUUGAAUCCAUAUUUUAGUACAAUCCUCAAAUGACCAUAGCUGUUGAUAGGAUGUUAAACAAUACUAAACCAAUCUAGUACAAUAAUGUGAAUAUGUAGAUAAUACAUACUGGAGUAGAUUUUUAAGGUGCUCUGAUCAUUAAGUUACACUGAAAAAAGGUUGAAGAUCUGAAUCAAAGGUCUGACAGGAAGUUACAUCAUCAGUUAUAUUUUUUUAAAGAAAGUAUUUGUUUUCAUAUCUUGUUCAUUUAUAUAUAUUGGUGACAAAAUUCCAUAAUUAAUACCAGUGAUUUUUAAUGUCUUUAUAAUGAUUAAUGUUGAUCAGUAAAAUGUAAUAACAUGUACUUCCAAAGGGAAUGCCGAUUACUGCCGAAGUUAACGAAAUUACAUCCACUUCCACAGGGAAUUACAAUUAGUAUUACCUGACUCUCUAUUUAAGUGUAUAUGAAGUAUUUUUGACUGUUUUAAUAAAAAUUCCCUGGAAAAGACUGAAAACCCGUAAAAUAAUGUCAGGGUGCAACAGUCACCCCACUCAAGCGUCUUUUUGAUACAGAUUUGUUUGUUGUCGUAUGGUGAAAAUGACGAAUAACAGCAGAUUUGAGGAUGUUUCUGAGCAAGAUUUGGAAUUGCUUAUGGAAAAUAGGGACUCGCUUAGUACAAAAAACGUCAUUAAGGGAGCAGUGAAUAUUUUGGAUAAAUAUUGUGCAGAGAAGGGGUUGUGAUCAACGAAAACUGCAGUAAUGAAGAACUGAACGUGUUUUUGUUUUUUAAAUAGAUAGUCAGGUAAUAAAUCAUUUGUUUCAUUGGUACUGGGGGAACAGUUUUAAUCCUUGACUCUCGGGUCAAUGAUUUGACUGUUCCCCCAGUGCCAAUGGAACAAUUGUAUACUGUUGAACAGCUAAUGGAACUACAUCCACUUCCACAGGGAGUUUCUAUAAGACUACCCCAAACUGUUGAUCAAUAAACAUAAUUACAUGUACUAAAUCUAAGAAAUGCCCAUAACUGCUGAUCAGUAAAUGUAAUUACAUGUACUUACACAGGGAACUUGAUGAAACUACCCAAAUACUGUGUUGAUCAAUGUAUUUCAUCAGAUCAUGCCAAUUACUGUCAGUCAGUAAAUGUAAUUGUGACUGGUAAUUGCAUGUGGAACUCUGAUAAGAUUACUCCAAUACAUGUACCCUCAAAUAGUAAAUGUACAUGUAAUUACAUGUACUUCCAAAGGGAAUACCCAAUAUUGUUGAACAGUUAAUGUAAAUACAUAUAUUACAAUGGAGACGUCUUGUCAAUUUACUGCUGUACAAUACAAUCAAAUAAUUGUAAAUAUUUUUGAGCUUCCCCUUUUCUUUUUUCACCACAUGUGCAUCUUUAUCUUUUUUCGUCUGAACUAAGGAUUGAUUUUAUACAUUAUUGAAAGCAUGGAAAAUAUUCGUGAUAGAAAGAGUUCAUUUCUGUUCUUUGUAAAUUUUGGUUUCAAGUACAAAUGUUUUUUUAAGAUUGAUUCAGAAUUUUAGAACUUUCAUACAUCGAUUUAUUUAAGUUUACAAAACCUGACAUUGAUUUUUGCUUUUACGUUAUAUUUUAGAAAAAAAAUGGCUAAUGAUUUUUAAUGUAGCUAUACAAUAUUGCAUGCAUUUUUUGAAUUACAAAAUAAAUUUGUAUGGUGACAUGGAAAAAGAUGAAAUGAAAAAACAGCAUAGCUGUGAUAUGACCGGUAAAAUUCAUGUACUGGUGACGGAAUCCUACUGAUUCAUAGACAUUUUAUAGCAAUAAGGUGAGGCACAGAAUCAAAGCGUUUAUAUGCUAUAGUUAUGAUGUAUCGAUGUAAAUAAUUGUCUAUAAUAAGUGUACUUUUUCACUGCUGUUAUAGUUUUCCUAGGUAUAUGUUACAGACUGUAACAAAUGUUUUUGUUUUCUUCGAUCUACUGGGUAAAUGUAUUAUACUUGCUAGCUGUGUAAUAUUUUGUAUUGUUACACCGCAAGUGAAUUUCUAGCUAUUUGAUUGGUUGGGAGAAAAUUAAACAAAAA